GGGAGGAGGCAGGACGGACCAGGACCCGCACCCGGACCCGCACCCGGACCCGUCCCGCCCUCCGGCUGCGGCCCCGGCCGGGGGAAGCGCCGAGCGGUGCCGGCCGUCGGGGGCUUUUCGCGCUUCGGUGCCCGAGGAAACUUCAGGCACUCGCCGGGGAGCAUCAGCCCCCUGCCCCGAGGGGCUGCUUCCGUGAAGGAGAGCGGUCCCUUGCACGCCAGCAGGAUGGUGCGGACCAUGAGACCCGACGACAUCAACCCCCGGACGGGGCUGGUGGUGGCUUUGGUCAGCGUCUUCCUGGUGUUCGGCUUCAUGUUCACCGUGUCCGGCAUCAAGGGAGAGACUUUGGGGGACAUCCCGCUGCUGGCCAUUGGGCCGGCCAUCUGCCUGCCAGGCAUCGCCGCCAUCGCCCUCACCAGAAAGACCGAUGGCUGCACCAAAUGGCCCAAGAACAAAUGUCCGUGCUGCAAGCAAGUCAAGGACCGAGAUGUCAUGGAGCUGCUGAGGACGCCCUCGGAUCUGGAGUCUGGCAAAGGGAGUUGCGAUGAGUUGGCCAAGAAAGCAUACCAGAAGGACAGGAGAGUGCUGCGGGGUGAGGACUCUGUGUCCAUCUGCACCACCACCACCACCACCACCAUGGGAGAAUGCAAGAGCCUCAUCAGAAAGGUGGAGCAGGAGGAGAUGUUGAGAUACCUGGAGACCUGUUACCCAGAGAUGCCGGGGAAUGUGUUUGUGGGAGAUGGCUCCGUGUACAGUGCCUUGGAGAAGAAGAGCUCUUCUCCCACCAGGGACAGCCCUGCUUGCCCUGACAUUGAAGACAACAUUUUUGUUGCCCCUAAAGACAGUAUCAUUGUCUGCUCUUACAAGGAGAACAGCCCUUAUGACAGAUACUGUUGUUACAUAAACCCUACUGGAGUCAACUCAGACCAGGAGACCAUAGUGUGAAAGGUGCAUACUUUAUAUAUAUGUAUGUAUACAAAAACUGCAACUUCAACUUCUUGAUAGGGGAUAAUAUAGCUGACUGCACUGCAUGGGACAAUCCUGAUACUAUUACAAUUUAACCUGGUAUGUGACUGAUACUCAAAC